GCGAUAUCCUUGCUGCCUUUGCUUUGCCGAUGUUUUAGUCUAAAUGGAUGAACAGAGCGAAGGGGAGCAUGUGCUUACGGGUCUAGAUGAGGAGGCGAUAGUUGACCAUGGGAAGAGCAGCUUCACCACUCACACAAACUAUGAAAGGGAAGAUUUGGAAAGCCACAGAGCAGUGUACGUAGGCGUCCAUGUUCCUCUUGGAAGGGAUAGCAAACGGAGGCAUCGCCACCGAGGACAUAAACAUCACCGAAAGAAGAAGGAGAGAGACUUUGAGGAGGGGAAGGAAGAUGGCAGGGAAUCCCCCACAUAUGACACACCAUCCCAGCGGGUCCAUUUCAUCCUGGGUACAGAGGACGAUGACCUGGAGCACGUCCCCCACGACCUCUUCACUGAGCUGGACGAGCUCUCCUUCAGACACGGCGGGGCCACUGAAUGGAAGGAGACUGCCAGGUGGUUGAAGUUUGAAGAGGACGUGGAAGACGGCGGGGAGAGGUGGAGUAAGCCCUACGUGGCUACGUUGUCACUACACAGCUUAUUUGAACUGCGUAGCUGCAUACUCAACGGCACAGUCAUGCUGGAUAUGAGGGUCAACAGUAUCGAGGAAAUUGCGGACAUGCUAAUAGACAACAUGGUGGCGUCAGGCCAGCUGAAGGAGGAUUUGCGCAACAACGUUCGAGAAGCCAUGCUGAAGAAACACCACCACCAGAACGAGAGAAAGCUCAGCAAUCGCAUCCCUCUAGUGCGCUCCUUUGCCGACAUAGGGAAGAAACAUUCUGACCCGCUCUUGCUUGAAAGAAACGGAGAGGGCCUGUCCUCUUCCCGUCUCUCUCUCCACAAGCCGGGGGCAGUCUCCUCUGUAACCAACCUCUCCCAGAGAAGGGAGUCCAGGGUCUCCAUCCUGCUCCACCAUCUCCUGCCCUCUUCCUCCUCCUCCAACACUGGGCACGUCCCAGGCCCUGCGCUCCUCACCACCCCUCAAAAUACCCCAUCUGCCUUCCGCCGCUCCUCCCAGACCCACGGCGCGGGCCUCGGCCCUCAAGGCAUCCCUGAAGUGGUGGUUUCCCCUCCCGAAGAUGACGACCCACAAAACUCUGCAGAAGAGGCAUCGUCACCGGAGCUCAACCGGCGACCAUCCUCGGCAUCGCAGGGCUUCGAGCUGCUGCCCUUAGAAGGACCACUGCUGUCUCCGAACUCUGUCCCUAACAAACUGGAUGGCAACAAGUCAGUGGAGAGGAGACCUUCCAAAGUAGGGGUCAGUAGAGAAAGCAGCAGUGUCGACUUCAGCAAGGUGGACAUGAAUUUCAUGAAAAAGAUCCCCCCGGGUGCUGAAGCUUCCAACGUACUAGUGGGAGAAGUGGACUUCCUGGAGAAGCCCAUAAUUGCUUUUGUACGACUGUCCCCUGCGGUCCUCAUCACUGGCCUCACAGAGGUGCCAGUGCCCACAAGGUUUCUUUUCUUGCUUUUGGGUCCUCAUGGCAAAGGGCCCAAGUACCAUGAGAUUGGCAGAUCCAUGGCCACACUAAUGACGGACGAGAUUUUCCACGAUGUGGCAUACAAGGCCAAAGACCGAAUGGAUCUCCUUUCUGGGAUCGAUGAGUUCCUUGAUCAGGUGACUGUACUGCCUCCUGGAGAAUGGGACCCCACAAUCAGGAUUGAGCCCCCCAAGAAUGUCCCGUCUCAGAUGAAGAGGAAGAGACCAGACCAAUUAAACGGCUCUGCGUCUCGAGCUGGAGAGCAGGAAAAGGAGGAAGACCACCUGGGACCUGAGUUGCAGAGGACCGGAAGGAUAUUUGGCGGUUUGAUCCUGGACAUCAAGCGGAAGUUACCGUUCUACUGGAGCGACAUCAGAGACUCCUUCAGUCUGCAGUGUCUCGCCUCCGUCCUGUUCCUCUACUGCGCCUGCAUGUCCCCGGUCAUCACAUUUGGAGGUCUGCUCGGGGAGGCAACAAAAGGCAACAUCAGUGCCAUAGAGUCUCUGUUUGGGGCCUCACUGACGGGAGUGGUGUACUCCCUCUUCGCGGGCCAGCCCCUCACUAUUCUUGGCAGCACGGGCCCCGUUUUAGUUUUUGAGAAGAUCCUCUUCAAGUUCUGCACGGACUUCGGCCUGUCCUAUCUGUCGCUGCGGACCAGCAUUGGUCUGUGGACAGCCUUCAUGUGUCUGGUCCUGGUGGCCACAGACGCUAGCUCCCUGGUCUGCUACAUCACGCGCUUCACAGAGGAGGCCUUCGCCGCACUAAUCUGCAUCAUCUUCAUCUACGAGGCUCUCGAGAUGCUCUUUCACCUGGGGGAACACUACCCGGUCAACAUGCACAACAACUUGGACAACCUGACCCUGUAUUCGUGUCAGUGCUCUCUACCGGUCAAUGCCUCGGAGGAGCUCAUGCAGAAGUGGAACAUCACGCAGAAGUGGAACAUCACAGGAAACGGCUCAGACUCCAUCCCAUGGAGCAGCCUCAAUGUUUCGAUGUGUAAUACACUUCAUGGGGAGUUUGUGGGUCCAGCCUGCGGUCUUCAUGGGCCCUACAUCCCAGAUGUUCUCUUCUGGUCCCUCAUCCUCUUCUUCACCACCUUCUUCCUGUCUUCCUUCCUUAAGCAGUUCAAGACGGAGAGAUAUUUUCCCACCAGGGUGCGAUCCACUAUCAGUGACUUUGCUGUAUUUAUAACCAUCAUGGUCAUGGUGUUGGUGGACUAUCUGAUGGGGAUCCCUUCUCCUAAACUGAAUGUCCCUGACCGCUUUGAGCCAACUUCAAAGAACAGAGGCUGGCUGAUGGACCCGUUGGGGGAAAAUCCCUGGUGGACGCUGCUGGUGGCGGCACUUCCUGCCUUGCUCUGCACCAUCCUCAUCUUCAUGGACCAGCAGAUCACUGCAGUCAUCAUCAACCGCAAGGAGCACAAGCUCAAGAAAGGCUGUGGCUAUCACCUGGAUUUGAUGAUAGUGGCAAUAAUGAUGGGCGUGUGCUCCAUUAUGGGCCUGCCGUGGUUCGUGGCCGCAACCGUCCUCUCCAUCUCCCACGUGAACAGCCUGAAGGUGGAGUCUGGCUGCUCCGCCCCAGGAGAGCAGCCCAAGUUUCUGGGCAUCCGGGAGCAGCGCGUCACUGGAUUCAUGAUCUUUGCCCUCAUGGGCUGCUCCGUUUUCAUGACGUCGGUGCUCAAGUUUAUUCCUAUGCCAGUCCUGUAUGGAGUCUUUCUCUACAUGGGCGUCUCUUCCCUCAAAGGCAUUCAAUUCUUUGACAGAAUCAAGCUGUUCGGCAUGCCUUCCAAGCACCAGCCCGACCUGAUCUACCUGCGCUACGUGCCGCUGUGGAAGGUCCACGUGUUCACGCUGGUGCAGCUCACCUGUUUGGUGCUGCUCUGGGUCAUCAAGGCCUCCAGAGCCGCUGUCGUGUUUCCCAUGAUGGUUCUGGCGCUGGUCUUUAUCCGAAAGCUUCUAGACUUUUUCUUCACAAAGAGGGAGCUGAGCUGGCUGGAUGACUUGAUUCCAGAAAGCAAGAAAAAGAAAGAGGACGACAAGAAAAAGAAAGCACGAGAAAAGCUGGCGUCCGCUGCUGUUUUCACUGAAGAACAAGAGCCCAGGCCGUACAAAGAGGAGUCCAGGGAGCUGAAGGCCGACUCUGAAGGCUCGAACCUUCUCAGCAUCCCGGUGAAAGCGCUCUCGGAGAGUUCUGAUUCUGACCCCUUGGUUGUAAAUAUUUCUGAUGAAAUGGUCAAAACGUCUGCGUAAAGCAGUGAGUCAUGUAUCCAACCUGUGAAGCAUAGCAGAAGCCAGGAGAAGAUGGCCUGCGUUAGAGUCGACGUCAGCCCUGACUCACCAGGAAAGGGCUCCACGAGCGAGACCUUCCUGUGAUGAACGGAGGCCCCUCCUCCCGCCUCCACACCUCCCCACCCCACCCGACACCCCGGCGAGCACCACCUCAGUGGCAAAGGGGGCAGCGCCCCCAGGCUGUGAGUCCCACUCCACUCCGAGUCUCGUCAGCGAGCGGCGCCGACGCACCGCAGAGCGCACAUCUGGAGGAAUCCUGCGGUUACUGCCCCCCCGACGCUCACUGUUUAGGAAGUUUCUCAAACUAUCAAUUUGUCACACUUUAAAACCACAGAUGCCAAAGGCAGCCCUCACUGGUGAGGGCGUUAGACUGGUGGGAAUUACUUUUGACUUUCAUCCCAGUGUACAUUCUAAUUUCUGUUUACGCUUAUUGUUUUAGCUGAGUACCACGCUGUACAUUUGGGGGUUCUUUGCAGCUCAUACACCACGAGUUGCCCUGUUCACAUGUAUUUUAGGCUGGAUUAAGACCCGUCGACUAACUACACCAGCUUCAGAACUCGUUUGAUAAGAAACUUUCAGGUACGGUCAUUGCCAGCUGAUUCUUUCCACAGAUUGUAUGGCGCAGUAAAUGAAACCAAAACGGAGGUACAUCAGAUAGAUACUACUCCUGCAGCACACACACACACACACACACACACACACACACACCUUUGGAGCAUUGAGUCAUCUCUUCUGUCUGCAGGGGAACCCUCAGUGUUGACGUCGGUCGGUUGUUUUCACUGUAAACCUCACUGUUCAUAUUGUUUGUUAUAUUAUAGACAUAUUACGUAUGUAUUCUGUGUUCUUUUCAUUUGUAACAUGAUAGGAAACCGACUUCAGAGGCCAUAUGAAGUCUGUACUGUACAGUAAGCACUUUGCCGGGAUAGUUUCUUACCAAAAAAUGGAUUACAGUGCGUUAAUAUCUGCGUUAAUUAUCUUUAGAGCUGUUGUUCAAAUGUCGGUUAAACAACUCAGGAAUCUUGAAUGAUUUCUGACUGGUCACAUGACGCAUCAUUUCUUUUGUCACACGGCAGCGAGAAUUAUGUGUCCACCAUAUUCCUUUCGUCGCUGGUAUCGCAACUAUUUUAACAAAUGCUGUAAAUCAUAAGACAUACCGAGUUGUUAAAUUAAGAAAUGAACCAGUUAGAUGGACCGGUUUUUAUACUGUCUGUAUUCCUGUGAUAGUUUGUACGUGUGCGUAGCGUGAACAUAACUUGGUUUGUUUAGCGUCGCAGAUCAUUUUAUGCAAAAAUAUUUCUUCAGUAAAUGUAUAAAAAAAUA